UUGUGUUAACGAUUACAACGAUAAAAAAGUUAUUGCUCUAAAUUAAAAUCAUACCGCAUAGAUUAUUUUCUUUUAAAAAUUUAGUUAAGGCGGUUACUUAUUUGCAAAUAUGCAUUUCGAAAAACAGAAAAUUAUUUUUAAAAUGCUCCUUAUUAUGAUGAUCAUCAGUGCAUUUGCUGAAGCAUUUGAAGAUCACAAAAUUAAUCUUAAAAUAGGAUUUGACCUUAUUCCAAAGGCUGAUGGCAGUCCCUCAGUACGGAUACGUGAUUUUGAAGAUUUUAAUUUAAGAAAAUUUGGGAGAAGAGCAGAUAAAUCUAUAAUUUCAAUAAGAGCUGAUGGUUCAUCCUCGGAGACUGAAGAAAAUAAAGAAGUUGAAAAGGAAGACAAGGAUUCCGAAGUUGAUGUGGCUCAAAGUUCAGAGUCAGAUGACAGAGCACUGAGAAGCACUAAGGGCAUCAAUCCUGAUGAAUUUGAGCCUGAACCAAAUCCUAGGCUUCAUAAUCGAGGAAAGUCGUCCGAUACGGAUUCAGCUGAAGCGCGGUAAUCUGCCAAGAGUUUCUGAAUUAAUAAAUAAUAUACAUAA